AUGAUAAAGUCUCAAGGCCGUGCAGAACUAAUGAACACAUUCGCUAAAAUGGUCGUGGGACUUGGUACAGCGGCCUCAUCGAUUCAUAAAGAUCUCUAUAAGAUUGUUCGAAAUCUGUUCAAUGAUCGCGUUAUGUCGGUUCGAGUGGCUGCGAUCAAUUGUUUAUCAGCAAUGGUCCCCGAAUAUUCAUUUUUGUAUACGAAUGAAGUGGAGAGUAUCAGCACACUGUGCUUUAAAGCGUUGGAAUCGAGUAAUUAUGACGUGCGAUUAGCUGUUGCGAGACUUUUUGCCGUUCUCUUUCAUACGGCUAACAACCCACCGAAGGCCACCACUCCGGGGAGUAAACAGCAAACCGGUGCGUCCAAUUCAGCGGCAAAAUUAACCACAGUUGAGGAGGCGUUCGGCAUUCUGUCGGUUGGUUUUUUACGUGGUGGUAUUGGUGGUUUCUUGAAGAGUGGUUCGGCUGCAGUGACUGGUGGACAGAAGGAGAUACGAAUUGGAGUGACAUUAGGAUAUAUUGAACUCAUCAAAGAAUUAGGUUCCCUAUGGCUCGAGAAGAACAUGUUAAUGGUGCUGAGGCAUCUGGUGGAAGUGAUCGCAAAAUGUGGACCACUUGCAUAUACAAAUAAUCCAGCUCAAGCAGCCGAAGUGGUUUAUAUGCGUCGAUGUAUUGGCUACAUUCUGAGGUGUACGAUGGGUGCAAUGUUAAGUGAACAAGCACAGAUUGCUGUUUGUAAGCAACUGGGUGCCAUUCUAGCUGACUGUAUCAAUUCAUUCGAUUAUAAUCCCGACCCGGGUGUCGAUCGUGUCCUCGGUCCGGAAGCGUACGCGAGUGCACAAGCAUCGAUUACAAUACUUCUGGAGAUAUCGUGUUUGGUUCGACAAAUCGGUACGGCUGUAACACCGUUAUUUGUUGAAGCAUCAGGUAUAAUGGAACCGAUAUUCGCGUGUUUGCUGCAUCCAAUUCAAGCCACUCGUGUGGCUGCAGCAUGGUGUCUGCGAUGCGCUACGAUUAGUGUACCGUCGCAAUUGACACCGUUAAUUGAUCGGUGUAUCAGUAGAUUGGAGCAUAUGAAAGUAUGUGGCGAUGCGAUAAGUGGUUACUCGCUAGCUUUGGCAGCGCUUCUAGCCGGUUCAUCAGAUUGUAAAUUGGGUAUUCCGAAUGGCAAAUCGAAGUUUGUUUCACUGCAAGUUUUCACGGUAGCUGAGGAUAUGAUUAAAACAGCGUCACAAGCGAGUCGUCUCGCGCAGGUGAAGACUCAGGCCGGAUGGACGUUGAUCUCUGCUGUGCUCAAGUUAGGACGGUCAUCAGUGCAGAGUUGCUUGCCGCGGUUGUUACUGUUGUGGAAGAGUACAUUCCCGCGAUCGAUCAAAGAGGCUGAAUCCGAGAAGAAUCGGGGGGAUGCGUUCACGUGGACGUGUACACUGGAGGCACGUAGCGGAGCACUGGCCUCGAUGGCCGUCUUCGCAGAUAGCUGUCCGCAGCAGAUGACCGAUGAAGUGAUACGUAAAAUCAUCCAUCCGGUCGAGUGUUGUCUGGUGAUGAUUUCACAUGUGGCGUUGUUGGUUCGAAAUUAUGGCGCAAAAUUGAGGACACUCAUAUCGGUGGUGCGAUUGCGAAUCUAUGUGCUACUCAGCCAUAUCUCACCGAAAUAUUAUGAACAUCUGUACGCACAAUUGCUUCGUGAACUUGUGGCUGAUAUGACUCUGUCGGACAAUGCACAGUCGACGUUGUGCACAUCGCAUCUGGCAUCGCUGUGUCCAGGUGUUGACGAGACGUUGUUGGGCGCAUGGCUGGUCGAUACCGAUCAGGCGUUCAUCGAACACGAGGUAUGA